AGGUGAAGCAAAUUAUGGAAGAAGCUGUCACCAGGAAGUUUGUUCAUGAAGACAGCAGCCACAUCAUUGGCUUGUGUAGUUUGUGGACAAUAUGAUGCUGCUGCCAUCAUGGAGGAGGCGGAAGAACCUUGGGUCCCACGCCACCAGGUUUAGGACAAUUAUUACCCUUCAACCAUCAGGCUUCUGAACCAGCGUGGAUAACUUCACUCACCUGAACACUGAAAUGACUCACUCUCCAGAACUCUGCUACUCAUCUGUUGUCGAGGCCUGCCUGCUGUACAUGCUGAAGCGUCGUGCUGCUGGCUUCCUGCGGAGCGACAAAGUGGCGGCACUCUUCACAAAAGUUGGGAAAACCUACCCUGUCGCUGGGGAGCUGUGUGCCAAGGUUCAGGAACUACAGCAUCUGGUGGAUAAUAAGAAAAAUGCCUCCAAUGGACAAGAAUCUCUGAAGAGGCAGGGAUCGAUAUCCAAGACUCCAACCUUGACACCUCAAGCCAUCAAGCAUAUCUGGGUGCGCACAGCCUUAUUUGAGAAGGUUCUGGAUAAAAUCGUUCAGUACAUUGUUGAUAACUCCAGUAAAUAUUACGAGAAGCAAGCUCUAAUAGCAGAUCCCGUCUGUGGACCCAUACUAGCGUCUCUGCUUGUUGGGCCUUGUGCACUAGAAUAUACAAAACUUAAAACUGCUGACCAUUACUGGACAGACCCAUCUGCUGAUGAACUGGUACAAAGGCACCGUAUUCAUGGGGCACAUGGACACCAGGAUUCCCCGUCUAAACGGCCGGCUCUUGGUAUAAGGAAGCGUCACUCAAGUGGAAGCAUGUCAGAAGAUAAAUUUGCUGCUUCGGCGAGAGAAUACGUGGAGUCGUUACAUCAGAAUUCCAGAACACACCUUCUGUAUGGGAAGAAUAAUGUACUUGUCCAGCCAAAGGAGGAUGUGGAGACAGUUCCAGGAUAUCUGUCCCUUCACCAAUCUGCAGACCAUUUAACCCUGAAGUGGACCCCAAAUCAGCUCAUGAAUGGAACGCUAGGAGACUCUGAGCUUGAAAAGAGUGUCUAUUGGGAUUAUGCCUUAACUGUGCCGUUAAAUCAGAUAGUCUGCAUUCACUGCCAUCAACAGCCUGACAGCGGCGGGACAUUGGUGUUGGUGAGUCAGGAUGGAAUCCAGAGACCUCCGCUCCACUUCCCCCAGGGUGGCCACCUACUGGCCUUCCUCUCCUGCCUUGAAAAUGGGCUGUUACCACGAGGACAGCUCGACCCACCACUUUGGUCACAGCGGGGAAAGGGUAAGGUGUUCCCAAAGCUGCGGAAAAGGAACAGCAGAGCCAAAUCUAUGGACCAAGAAGACCACACAGUGGAUGAAGUAGCUACUGAUUAUGUAUUCAGAAUAAUAUAUCCGGGACAGAAGAAUGACUAUGAUCCUAGUGAAUUGUUGGAAAUGCACGGAUGCAGCUCAACCCAGUUUCCUUGGCAACUUGGAGGCCCGUGUAGCCAAGGCUCCUCGUGUUUCUCCUGCUCCACCAAUGGUUCUCCCUAUGAUGUCCCCGUCUGCUGCUCCUGCGGGAACGACAGGACUCCACUAAAGAUGCUUUGUGAGAACAUGAAGAGACAAAUAGUUUCAAGGGCGUUCUAUGGAUGGCUGGCCUACUGCCGUCACCUCUCAACAGUCCGCACACAUCUGUCAGCACUUGUGAACCACACCAUUGUGCCACCCAACAAGCCAUGUGAAGCCUCAGGUGGACUGACGGCAGAAGUCUGGAAUAAGUAUGAAAAGGAUCGAAAGAAUUACAAGAAGUUGGAGCUGCUGCGAAUGGUUUACUAUGGAGGGGUGCAACAUGAAAUAAGGAAAGACGUCUGGCCUUUUCUUCUGGGCCACUACAAGUUUGGGAUGAGCAAACAGGAUAUGGACCAGGCGGAUGAAAAUAUUGCUGCCAAGUACAGGAGUGUAAUGGCAGAGUGGAAAGCGUGUGAAAUGGUUGUCAAGCAGAGAGACAGGGAAACCCACUCAGCCAUCUUGGCAAAGUUGUCGUCGGGCAGUAGCAUUGACAGCCACGUGCAGCACCUGAUUCACCGAGAUUCAACCAUCAGCAAUGAUGUCUUCAUUUCUGUUGAUGAAGGAGACCAGGGAGAAAAAGCCUUUAAGAUGGUGGACGGCACAACAACAAUAGUGAAUGUUGACACUCCAGCUGUAGCAGUUGAAGAGAGACCAUCCAUUGAGUUUGACUCUCCUGACUCUGGGCUGCCUUCUUCGAGAAAUUAUUCCGUUGCCUCAGGGCAUUCCCGGAUCCUCUCGAGUACCGAUGAUCAAAGUUUGUGCAUGGAGGAGGGUACACUGGAGGACGAAGAUAAAACCGAACUGGGCGAGAUUGCAGAACAAGCUCACGACAGUGAGUCUGGUUCUGGAAGGACGAGUGUUCUUCAACAGGCUGGGGCCCAGGAUUCAUUGUCUGAAGAACAGCUAUGUACCCAGUUAGAUCUGAUAAUGUCUGAAAAGGACAGCUCAGCUUUACCGACUAUGACAUAUACGACAGAACUGAUGGAUGCUGUCUCAUUAAAUUGGCACCGGAUUGAUAAGGAUGUACAACGUUGUGAUAGAAAUUACUGGUAUUUUACUACAGUGAACCUUGAAAGACUAAAAAGUAUAAUGUGCAGCUAUGUGUGGGAGCACCUGGAUGUUGGCUAUGUUCAGGGAAUGUGUGACCUCUUGGCACCGUUAAUGGUUAUCCUUGACAAUGAGCCCCUGGCUUACAGCUGCUUCACCCAGCUCAUGAAGAGGAUGAAUCAGAACUUCCCAAACGGAGGUGCCAUGGAUACUCACUUUGCCAACAUGAGAUCCUUAAUACAGAUUUUGGACUCUGAGCUAUUCGAGUUGAUGCACCAGAAUGGAGACUACACCCACUUCUACUUCUGCUACCGCUGGUUCCUCCUGGACUUCAAACGAGAACUCUUGUAUGAAGAUGUCUUUGCAGUGUGGGAGGUCAUCUGGGCAGCAAAGUACAUCUCUUCAGAGCAUUUUGUCCUCUUCAUUGCCUUAGCACUGGUGGAGGUUUACCGCGAGAUCAUUCGUGAUAACAACAUGGAUUUCACAGACAUCAUAAAGUUUUUCAAUGAAAUGGCGGAGCGACAUGACACCCAGCAAAUUCUGCGGAUUGCACGUGAGCUGGUCUACAAGGUGCAGACUCUAAUAGAGAACAAGUGACGGAACUGAGAGAGCAAGGAAGGCCUCACUUUCCUUCCAGGCCGGAGCGGGGACCUCCCCACCUCCCUCUGGCUGCUCUGGCUCCCGUUCCCCUGCAACUCGAAGCAUGACAGUUCAAGAGGACGCGAUGGUCACAUCUUCUGAGCCCUCAAGAUGUUAAGCAGCGAGCAGAACCUGCAAGGUGUUAUCGUGGAGGCCAGGAAUUAGCCAAGAGAAUGGCGCUAAUUGUUUUCCCCCAACAAGGUUCACCAAUCAUCAGUCACAUUUUAGUGAUGCUUUAACAUAGUUUAUAAAAACACUUUUUUCCUUCAAUUUUCCUUCAUUGUCUCUGCUGCCUUAGUUGUGAGAUCUUACUUGUGGUCGUACUUUAAUUUAUUUUUUUUUUAAAUCAGUGAGUGCCUAAAUAUUAAAUGUGUGACAAAAAAAUAUACCCAGUCCCCAUCCACAUUAUAAUCCUGUACCCUCAGACAAACAGAUGGGUAUGAGCUAGAAAUGAGGUUUUCACAACCAAUUUUCAUUUGUGAACUCAUAGUAAUUUUUAAAUCCAGACUGACUGAACUGAUUUGGAUGGACCAGUGUACAUUUAAUACUUUUCAAUGCAGAUCGAUCUGAUCUUACAGAUUAUUUUAGCAUGUUUACACUGAGAGUUACAGAUAUUUUAAAUAUAUUGAAGAAUGUUGCCAAUAACUAGAUGUUCUAUGGUUCUGUAUGUUUCUGUAAUAUUACUUUCUAGUAUUGAACUUUCCCGAAGUAUUGGGAAAUUGUUUUCACUUAUACAGUAUUUGCUAAUUCUAAAGCAGGGCAUUUAGUAGUUCUAUCAAGAUUUACUCUGCGUGAGGUAAAGUUUUGAUGAAUGAUGUUAGUUAAAUUGGUUAGGUUGUGGUACCGUCCUCCACAUUCCUCCCCUCCUUCCCCACCUUUAUCCCUGCGUAGACGGGCACGCACAUACUCCACGGUGGUUUGGACCAUCAUUGCAAAUCUAAAUCUCUUUUUUAAAGAAAAGCCCCAUCAGUGGUGUCUUGGGGGGAGAUCAGCAGCUGUGCUUCAUAAUCUGGGGAGAAUUGGGUCAGAGGCUCGUAAUUCGUCUUCUCCUCAAGCUGAAAUGCCUCACCUCUGAAAUAAGCUCCUUCCAAAUGUUUAAGCAUUUAAAGAGGCAAAAAGCCCUAGAAACCAAAGCCAACGGAUCUCUGAUUUAUCAUCACUUGCUUACCUGAUCAUAGCAAAUUCUCUAAUAUUAGAAUAGAUGAAUCUUGGAUCAACUAUUGUACAUCGGAAGUGUGCAUUGUAGACUUCUAUUUCUACCCCAUUUUGUCGUUUUCUUUGUAAAUUUCCUACCAAACUCCUCAUUGCAGAAGGUAUUGACUGCCUCUUGAGGAAUGGCACUGCAAACAUUUGAACAAUGAAACAUCUGUAACAAAAAUAUCUUAAAAUUUGUUACUUGCUCUUUUCUGGUUCUGCAGCAAGAGGCAUCUACAAACAAUGGAAGCACUGUACACAUAUUCAAGGUUUUAAGAAACUACCUUAUUAGAGUUAUAUAAAGAAUAAAAUACAGAAAGAAGAAAAAUGGUUAUAAGUAGUAAAAGAGACAAAAGUAAUACUUCUCAACUAAUCACAAAGCCACUCCACAUAGUACUGCUGGAUGGAACUGCUAGUGCCCAACAGCUUCUCCACUCUCUCCUUCUUGAUGUCCUUGUCUCUAUCUCCAGCUCUUAUCACUAGUCGCAACCCAGCCUAGGAGAAAAUUGCAACUUGCACAAAGAAAUUACCCCUUUUAAUAGCCUUCAAGACCCUUUACGCUAAUACUUUCCCAGACAAACAUGUUUUUCACCAUUAUCUAUUCUCAAGGCUGUAGACUGAUACAUUGCUGUAUCUCAAAACAUUGCUGAGGACUGGCUCCCUUCUGCUUUCUCAAAGCAUUCCCACACUCCAGACUAACACCAUAUUGUCUUCCAAACUUCCAUUUUGCAGAACGCAUUUUAACAUACCUUAAGGAGGAAUCAAAUUGAACUCUUUCCUUAUAACAUCCCACUUGUCCACACAAGUUCCCAGGGUGAUGGGUUGUUCGACAAUGGGGUGGCAGGGACUAUGGUGGUCCAUCAUUCCAGGUGGGGAGCAGGAUGGUCAGUUGCUCCCCUUUUCCUAAAUCAAGGAUGUUGAGAUCAGGCACUAUGCUCAAAUCUCCGCCACACUGGACAUUAAUUUCUGAACAGAGAUGGGGAGGAAUUCCUUUAGCUAGAGGGUGGCAAAUUUGUAGAAUUCAUUGCCACAGACGGCUGUGGAGGCCAAGACAUUUGGUAUAUUUAGAGCAGAAGUUGAUAGGCAUCAAGAGUUAUGGGGAGAAGGCAAGAGAAUGUGAUUGAGAGAGAAAAUAAAUCAGCCAUGAUAGAAUAGCAGAAUAGACCCAAUGGGCCAAAUGGCCUAAUUCUGCUCCUUUGUCUUAUGCUCUUAAUAUGUGGCAGGGAUGGAAACUCUUUCAGCAUCUGUAGUAUGAUCCUAUCGUCCCAUACUGGCCCACUUUGGCAGAAAUAAAUAGGAAUUCCACUUCCUGGCACCUUCUUCACCUGCAGAUUCCUUGUUGUCUUUAUCUUCUCCAGGAAACAUGAAUGUGGUUAAUCUGGGGCUCUUUUUUAGAAUAUAUUGCAAAUUAUUUUGAUCUGCACUUCUACGUGUUUACAUUGAACUCAAACUUUGUCCAUUCCCAAUGGGCCAGUAGUCAUACUUUGGGGUUCUCUUUGAACAUUUCAGAGACUAUAAUAAACUACACAGUAUAAAAGGAUCUCUGCAAAUUUAACAAUAAACAAGAUUUUUAUUCCCUAGAAUCAGUGUUACUGAUCACAUUGAGUUAAUACAUAACCAAUUUUGGUAAGUUACAGUUCCACUUGACCUGAGUGUCAGCUUAGUACUGUUAGACUUUGUGAUUUCCCUGCCAAUCAGCUCCAUGCAUUCAGUUUUUGUUUUAAUGGACAAAGAUCCUAUUCUACAAACACCCAUGGUAUUGCUUAGAACAUGUUUGAGAUCACUGCUCUAAAGAGGAUACUUAGUGGGGGGUAAGAAUUGAGAGUCUGCCCAGAGAUGACAAAGUGAGUGACGUUUGGUUGUAACUUGCCAAGUAUUUAACAUGUGAUAAAACCACAAUUGUACAAGUCAUUUACAUAAUGGCUUCAGAAUUAUGUACUGCCCUUCUCAUUUCUCAUGUUUUGGUCAAUGUAUAUUUUAGUUAAAGAUACAGCAUGACACAGUCCCUCCUAACGAGCCCACGCCACCCAUGUGACCAAUUAACCUACUGACCGGUACAUCUUCGGAACGUGGGAGAAAACCAGAGCACUCAGAGGAAACCCACACCAUCACGUGGUGAACGCACAAAUUCCUUUCUUUUCUUUUUUUUUCAAUCUUUUUAUUGAUUUUUUUUUUAAAGUGUGUAUACAAACAGGAGAAUAUCUCUAGUAUAUAUGUCAAUAACAGUACAUACAGAGAGUAAAAUAAACAAUAUCAGAAUCACACGUAGUGUUGAUCUACAAAGUAUACAUUUGAUAUAGAAUGUAUAAUACAGAAAAAGAAGAAUGUAGUUCAUUCUCCUCUUAUCAAUUUAUGAAGAAAGGAAGGACUAUUAGAAAUUUUUAUAUAAAAACAAAGAAAAAAAACACUAUUCUAAACAGAAGGAAAAAACGGACUGGGCAUUCCAUCCUGAGAGAAAACCCAAGAAAAGAGAGACUCUCUGAUCAAAUCCAAGGUUCUGAAAAAAUAGCUGGAAGAGAAUCAGUACAAACAUCAGAUCAUAUGAAAAUAUUGAACAAAAGGUCGCCAGAUUUCUUCAAAUUUAAAGGAUGUAUCCAGUGUCUGACUUCUCAUUUUCUCUAGACUUAAACAGGACAUGAUAGAGGAAAGCCAAUAAAAGGCAAACUCCUCACAGCGGCGGAAAUUGAACCCGGGCUACUGUAAUAGUGUCACGCUGCCUCGCCGCUGCAAAACGAAAUUUUUAUCACUAUCAUUUAGGCCAGCUUAUAUUUACUCUCUGACCCACACUGUCGGAAAACCUCCAAGUAUUCAAUGAGUCGUGAGGGUGAUUAGUAUUCCUGUAAGGGUGAUGAGCAAUUCACUGUAAGUAAUAGACUUCUUCCAAGCAGUCGAUACUAUAUAAUUCUAUGGAAUUUGCAUACCUUCUAUCAAAUUCUGCUGAAAUAGUCCUUUUUCUAUGCUGGAUGUGACUGCACCUAAAGUUAUAAAACACUAUUUCUAAUUGCAUCCAUGAUUUAAAUAUAACUUUUUUUUAAAUAUAGUCUCUGAACUAUGGCACCUGCCUACUGCUUCAUGGGCAAAGAAACCUGGCCAAGUAUAAAGCCCACUGGGAUCUUUAGGAAGUUCUUUCAAUGCACUUCAUGUCACUGAUGUUGCUGAGCUACUAAGUGACCUGGGUUAAAGUCACGGUGCUGGGACAGGACCAGGAUUAAAAAGUACUUAAAGCGAUGGUUAGAUUAUCAGUUGGCAUGUAAAUCAAAUGGAAGAAUGGAAAGAGGCCUGAAGUUACUGGGUUAGACUAGUUCUGUGACGAUGAAUGCAUAAUCCUAGGUUGUUACCCUCUUCUGCAGCAAGUGGCCACUUUAUUCAUUACCUCCUGUACCUAAUAAAGUAGCCACCAAGUAUAUGUUCAUGGUCUACUGCUGCUGUAGCCCACCCACUUCCACUUCAAAGUUUGACGUGUUAUGUAUUCAGAGAUGCUGUUCUGCACGCCACUGUUAUAAUGUGCGGUUAUUUGAGUUACUGUCACCUUCCUGUCCGCUUGAACCAGUCUGGCCAUUCUCCUCUGACAUCUCUCAUUAACAAGGCGGUUUUGCCCACAGAAAUUCUACUCACUGGAAUUUUUUUCUGUUUUGUUUUUCACACCACCCUCUGUAAACACUAGAGUGUGUUGUGUGUGCAAAUCCCAGGAGACCAGCAGUUUCUGAGAUACUCAAACCACCCCAUCUGGCACCAACAAUCAUUCCACAGUCAAAAUCACUUAGAUCACAUCUUCUCAUUCUGACAUUUGGUCUGUUACAACGGAACCUCUUGACCAUGUCCACAUGUUUUUAUGUGUUGAGUUGCUACCACAAUUGGCUAAUUAGUUACUUGCAUUAACGAGCAGGUGUAUCAAAUGAAGUGGCCACGGUGUAGCUUCCUGCUUUAAAAUUUCCUGUUUUUCAAACACCCCUCAGAAAUGUUUUACAAACAUGAUAUGACACCUCCUGAUUCUGGAGAAAUGUUAGAAUGCUGUACCUUUGGUCUAGUGACAUCGGAUGAAUUUUAGAGAAUUUUGCUAGAUUCAGAGUAAUACUGUGUGGGUGAAUGGAGUUAGGAUGCAUGUUGGCCAUGACCUCAUUGAAUAACAUAGCAGCCAAGAAGGCUGAAUGGUCUGCUUCUACUCUAAAUGAAACUUAAUGCCUCAUAUAUAAACAUGUAGUCAAUGGUACAGAUUCAGUGGGACAAAGGGCCUGUUUGUGUCACUAAAAAUACACCAGCAGCAUGAUGCUAUUACAGCAUCAGUGGCCCAGGUUCAAUUCCCGCCACUGUGAGGAAUUUGCCUUUUAUUGGCUUUCCUCUAUCAUGUCCUGUUUUUAAAAAAGUUAAAUAAUUGGGAAGCACCUGUUUUCUCUGUAUUCAGAAAUAAAAUCAUGGGAUUCCAGCACUCUAAAGCAUGCAAUGUCCAAAAUCCUUAUUUUCUGAGUGGGUUGCUUUGCAGCGACUUAAAUUUUUAUUCCUUUCAUGAGGAGCUCACGUUUCUUUGAACAACCCUGCAAUCUGAAAAAGUAAACCUAAAUAUCAGAUUCUCCAUUGUUUAUGAGAUGUAUACGUGCUUAGCUUCUGUUUGAAACCUCAUUGAGGCAAUGAUUGUUAUAUUGUUGGACUUUGCAAUAUUCUUCUGUAAGUAUUGUACAUAAUUUUAGAUCAUAAAGCAUCAGUGCUGUCUGCCUGGGUUUGUGUGGGUGUUUUACUGCAGGCAACUGACUGUUCCAGAUUUAUAAAGCAUUUCUUUCAUCUUGUGACAGUCAACUAGCUGAGGUUUAACUUUGUGCCAUGGCCUUUACAUUUCAAUUUGACAGGGCUUAUCUGAUGCGCAUGUCCACAUAUCAACCUGCAUGGCUGCCUGGUUAGGACCAAAGAAGUUACUUCUGCUAAAUUCUACAUGGAGAAACAAAAUUACAUGAAGUAAUCUUUUCAGACAAUAAACACUGACAUCUUAUUGCCCUGUUACUAAGGGGGGGGGUGAGGGGUAUUUGGAGUAAUUCACGAUCAUUUACUGCAUGAUCGUGAAUUGUUUUCACGGGGAAAGACUCAUCAGGUUGGCAACACGGUGAGAUCGAGCCAAAUACUCAAAAGUGCCGAAGGUUUAUUUACACUACAGUUGAUGCAUGGAAUAAUUUGCUGGAGGGAUUAUUAGCUGAAUGAUUCUUUCUUCUAAGGAAUCAAUGGGCAGGUGUUUGAGGGAGAUGAUGAUGCAGGACACUGGAAAGAGGAGCAUUAAUGUGGUUCCCAAUCCACCUGACUCUGUUCCCCUUCAAACUCUUAUUACCUGAAGAGGAUCCCCAUUGCAUCUCACGCCACCUGACGCAGUCCCCCAUCGAACCCUGAGCCCCAUCAUGCGAUUUCCCAUCACUCUCCAUGUCAUCUAAAAGGUUCAUCCAAUUCCUUGAGCCACCUGACGAGCAAACUGUGCCACGCGACGUAGACGGCCAACAGCAGAACUGUGGUACGUCUGUGGCAGACAACUGUGUCACAUUUAUGCUACAGCUUAUUUUUCUGAUUAUAAAAGUCUGUGAUUUUUUUAAUUGUAUCUUUCAGCUGCUUACAGUGUUUUUAAAAUGAAGUUUUAUUGACUGAGAGCAUUAAGUUUGGAUCAGGAAUGGAAUUCUUCUUUUCAAACUAUGUCCUAAAGAACCCCAGUAUUUUCAACAUAUUGCAACGAGGUUCAAUUAAAAGAAAAAAAAAAUCUGCAAUGCAAAGCAAGUACAGGAGAAAAAUUAGUUACCAUUUGUGGCCACUGUUCACAUUUUUUUUUCCAAAGGAAGUAAUUUCUUCCAAAGUUCUCCUUUAACUUGACUCAAAACAGAUUUGGCUUUGAGAGACUGCAUUAUUACUGAACAAAGCCCAGAUUUGUACCAAAUGACUUUGCUUUUCAUUUUGAUGGAGGCAUUUGACAUUAGAAGUGUUGUGUUGUUGUAGGAAAUAAUAAGUACAAACGCCGGAAAUACUCGGGUCAGGCACCAUCUGUGAAGAGUGAAACAUUUCAAAAAUUAGGGCGCCACGGUAGCAUGGCGGUUAGCAUAACGCUCUUACAGCUCGGGGCGUUCUGGAGUUUAGAGUUCAAUUCUGGCGCUGCCUGUAAGGAGUUUGUACGUUCUCCCCGUGACCACGUGGAUUUUCUCCGGGUGCUCCGGUUUCCUCCCACAGUCCAAAGACAUACCGGUUGGUAAGUUAAUUGGUCAUUAUAAAUUGUCCUGUGAUUAGGCUGGGGUUAAGUAGGUGGGUUGCUAGGCAGCACGACUUGUUGGGCCAGGAAAUACCUGUUCCGCGCUAUCUCUAAAUAAAGCUCGGCUUUGUUCUCUCACCGGAACUGGGAAAGUUCUAAUGAAAAGUUAUUGACCUGAAGUGUUAACUCUGCUGAGCAUUUCAGAUAUUUUCUGUUGUUUUUAUUUCUGAUUUUUAAUGUCAGUAUUUUGCUUUUGGUUUGUAUUGAGGAGAUGGGUUUCUGUGCUGCUUCCCCACACUGUGCAGUUUGUGAGUGAUCAUGUCCUUAAUCCAAACCUGACCACAAUGUGAAUGAAUCAAACAACUCUGAAGCUUGCACUGCCUUUGGAAUGUCGUUGGGCUGAUAACUGUUCAACGCAUUGAUUCGAUGUAUGCAACUCUUGUUACUUGGUACCUUUGUUAUGUUGUAUAUGUAAGACCGCACCUUAAACUCAAUGUGAUGCACCUUUUUAUUUUUCUAAUUUCCUCUCUCUCUCUCUGUUGAAACGAUGUACCUUGGAUGUAGUGUUGCAUCAAUAAAUUAUUG